AGUGUGAACACAAAAGCGGAAAUACGUUUUGAGACUUGUCUUGCUCCCGUACAUUUCUGUUUGGUCCCAUAAUUUUGUCUAGCUUACUACUACUUUGCCUUCCGUUGGACAACACCCCGUGUAACAAUACGGUGUUUCUUGAAGAUUGACUUUUAAUAGCAUCUAAUCUUAUGAUAUUUUGAUGUGUCUUACCUUGUUGUCAUGUGUUUUCAGUCCAAAGAGCACUUUGGCUGGAUUCUCGGUUAGCUGACGCUUACAGCUCUGUGUACACGUAUGGUUAGCUAACGUUGCUAGCCCACGUUAUCCUACAGCGAUGAAGUGAAAACAUUUUUACUUUUGGAAAUACUGUUUUUGUCCCCGUACAUUGUGUUUGACAACACAGGAUCUUUUAGCUGUCAAGCUAAGUGCAGGUCGUUAACGCUUACAUUUAAACAACAGUUUCGGCAUUUUUAGCUAAGAUUUACUCGGUUAGCUAAACAGGCUACCACCAUCUGCUGUCAAAAUGAUGGACUUUGACAAUGUAUUGAACAUCGCUUCACAAAACCAGGGCGUCAGCAAUGUACAGCAAAAGCGCUACAGUUUACAAGCUGGGCCACCAAAAAAGGAUCCAAAAUCCAAAGGCGUGAACCCGGCUGCUGUGCAGGCACUUCUGAAGAAGCAGCACAUUGACUGCAGAAAGAAAGAAAUUGAAAUGAAGAGACAGAAGGAGAAGCUUUUAGCAAAGAGGGUCGAGUUGAAGUCUGAUCGGAAAGCACGAGCCAUGGCAUCCAGAACCAAGGACAAUUUCAAAGGAUACAAUGGUAUUCCAGUGGUGGAGGGUCCUAAAAAGAGGACAUCAAAACUUGAUAGGCAGGAAGAUGGUUCAAGACCUGAGAAAUUUAGGAAUAACCUUGUUGACCCUUUAGAUGAUGAAGAUAAUUAUGAGUAUGAGCAGACAGAUUCUGAGCACGAUGAAGAGCCAGAGUUGGCAAGACCAGGGAGAACAACUGGCAUCAAUGCAAGUUGCAGCAACAAAUCAUUUUCAAAGAAAAACAGUGGUCCACCCAAAUCUGCUUCUUCUCCUUUGAACUUUGCCGACUUACUCAAGUUGGCAGAAAAGAAGCAGUUUGAGCCAGUUGAUUUAAAACCCAAGGUACUCAAAAAUGAUGAAAGGCUCCGUACGGCUGACGAAAUCCGGGAACUGGAGAUGGAGCGCAAAGCUAAGCGGCUUGGCCAAAACAGAGACUCAAAGACAGAGAAUGAAAGAAAUGGCAAGUCUCAGUCUAGCUCUGGCUUGAUGAGAAAAGGCCCUCAACAGAAAGAACAGAAACUCAGCAGACCACAAACGCAAAAGAACUUUUCAGAGAAGCCAAGUCCCUCUAAUGGGUCAGGCAGGAAGCCACACCCGAUGCUGACAAGUGACAGAGGUCUUUCUUCUAAGGCCCCCAUUAGUGAUAAAGAAAGAGAUCGAGGCAGGAUUCCUCACAGUGAUCGAGAAAGGUCUAAGAGUAGCAUGUCCAGCACAUCCGGUAAACUCCCCCCAAAACCCCCAACAUCUCACACCUCAGUCAAACAAGUAGGCCCAAAGCCCUCAUCCGCCACCAAAAAGUCCAGCACCUCCAGUGACCUCAGCUUCAGGAAAGACAAUUUGUCAUCUCAUCCAAAAGAAGCUUCAGGUACUCCAGGGAACAGGCCAAGUUCAACUGGUUCCAGCCAGCAGACCAGACCCAUUCAGGGUAGUUCCAUGAGGCAAGGGUCCACAGUUGGAGGCUUCAAAUCCAGCAAAGGGGAACCACUAAGGCAUGGAAAUAGUUCUGGGGUCAAAUCUAACAGUAAUUCGGUGAUGAGACCUUCUUCGGGUGGCCCUGCUAAGCCAGGAGGCCAGCCUCCGGGAAGGCCUGUUGGCACCAAAUCUGUGAAGGCACCACAGGCCAGACCAGGUGGAGUUGGUCCACAGGGUCACCCUGGAGGAAGUGGGUUUCGACCUCCAGGAACUGUACCAGGUAGAUCUGGUAGUGGAGGACCGGCACAGGGGCGACAGAUUGGCAGCAUUGGUUCAGGGCCUGGAAGACCCAAGUGCACUGUUGUGUCGGAGACCAUCUCAUCCAAGAACGUAGGCGGACCCAGACAGGGUGUCCCUCCUCGGCCAGGCAUGCUGCAGAGACCUGGGGUGCCACCCAGACCUGGGGUGCCGCCCAGACCUGGGGUGCCGCCCAGACCUGGGAUGCAGCCCAGACCUGGAAUGCCGCCCAGACCUGGAAUGCCGCCCAGACCUAUUAUGAACAGACCACCAGGACCAAUGUUGCCACCGAUUACAUCUGCAUACAAGAGGAAAUAUGAAGAUGAGGAGGAAGAGUACGACCCAGAAAUGGAUGAUUUUAUUGAUGAUGAAGGUGACGAGCAAGAGGAAGUAUCCAGGCACAUUCGAGAAAUUUUUGGCUACGAUCGAUCGAAAUACAGAGAUGAAAGUGACUAUGCACUUAAGUUCAUGGAGAGCAGCUGGAAAGACAUGCAGAAAGAAGAAGCCAGGAGUUUGAGAAUGGCCGUGCAGGAGGAUCUGGAGGAGGAGAAGCGAGAAGAAGAAGAAAUCAGAAAAAAGGCCAAGAGGAAAAAAACCAACUGAAGCUCUUUGUUCCUGUUUUGAUAAAUAAACUGUCUUUGUACCUUCUGAA